AUGGUUGACGGCGAAAACCAGGAGGUGACCGCCGAGUCACCUUUGUCACCAGGAGCUCCAGCUGUUCGAGACACCUGGAACAAGCCGACAGGCGAGGUCCCAUCUGGAGUGCCAUCCAUCGCUGGUGGAGCAGGAGGCAGCGGAAGUGGACAGGCGGGCUCUGGAGGAGGGAAGAUCUCAACAACAUACCCUCCGAUCUUCUAUGCCCGUCCAGGUGAAAGCUGGGAACAAUAUUGGAGAACGGUGACCUUUUGGCUGGCUUCCGAAGGCAAGUCACUGCCGGUGGAAAUGCGGGGCCCCCGGUUGAUGCAGCAGUUGAGGGAGCGGGCCGGCAAGAUAGUUCAACAUUUGACGGUUGAUGAGGUGACCUCCAUCCAAGGGGUUGACAUCAUAAAGAGGGAGAUGGAGAAAUCACCUAUCAUCAGGUUGUUGGACAACAAGAAGAUCGACAAACGCAGGCAGAAGUUCAUGAAGUUGGCCAGGCUUCCCAACGAGAGCAUCGAAAGUUUCAUCAACCGAGCCGAAAUAUAUCGGCGGGAGAAUGAGGCCUCACCGGCCUACCGUGUGGGUUCAUGCUUCUAUGUUGGCCACCUUUUGGACAGCUGCAAAUUGACUCGCAAGGACUUGGCUCUCCUGAAGGCAGCCUGCGGUGGUGACAUCGAGGAUGAGACCAAGGUCAUUUCUGCGAUGCUGGAACUGGCAGAGCAGUUCGAAGGGGCGCCAUAUUGUCCCAUCGGACGAGGUGAGCCGCAGUUGGAUAAUGAAGAUCAAUAUCUGGUCCAAAAGCCAGGCUCUUCUUCCUCCGCUUCGACCUCAGUUUCGGAUCCUCCUUCGUCCAACCGGCGUCGUCCUUUUCCAAGGGCCCGGGGUGGUGGGGGCCGUUUUGCCUCCUCGGGCCGACGCCGUUUCCGGGAUGCUCUUGUGGCGAUCCUGGAGGAGGAUGGUGAUGAGGACGUGUUGGAGGAGACAUUGGCUGAAGUGAUGGGCGAGGACUCCGUCGAUGAAGAUGAGGAGAAGGCUGACAAUCCGGGCGAGAUGACGGAGUUCACACCGCCAAGUACGCAUGACACCUUUGUGACAUCAGGGCACCCGGGUGAGGCUUCUGGCACGAUCUCCCCGCUUGCAGAGAUCUAUGCACAAGAGCUCAAGGCCCGCAAUCGCGUGAGGGAGAUCAAGAAGAUGAGACAGUACUUCCAGAAGGAGACUCCGGGUGGCCCUACAGCGGCUCGGGGCGAACAUGUCAAGAAGUGGGUGGCAGAGCAACAGAAGAAGGAGCCAUGUUUUAUCUGCCACCAAUUGGGGCAUUGGAGCCAAGAGUGCCCGUACAGGCGAAGGGACAAGAAUGUCCAUGCCGCCAAUGUGACUUUUCCGGUAUCACCGCCUCAGCAACAGGACUGGGCUUUGCUGGAGUCACUGGCCGCCUCUGGAGUGUAUAUGGGGACGAUCUUGCGACACCCCUUCCCGGCCUGCGCCUCGUGCAUGGCGACGCGCCGACGACCGGAGCACAAGCCGGAGGCCUACGAGUUGUCCCAGACCGAAUGGGAAAACGUGGGACUGGAUCCGGAGGAGGACCUGCUCGAGAUGUCCGCCGAAGAAGCUCCGGAGAACGAGCAGGAGGUCAUGGGCGCCUUGCGGAAUCCUUUGAGGACGGCGAGGAGGCAGGUGCUGAAUCGACACAUCCGGAAGUCUUCAUCGCAGAGCCCUCCAGCAGCCGCCCGGAAGCAGCGGCAAGCCAGGCCUGCUUCAGCCAAGAAGACAGCUCCGGAAGAGCCAGCAUCAGCGUCUACGGCAUCCAGGCCUCCACCGAUGCAGAUGAAUAUGGAGCAGCUCCAGGCGAUGAUGAUGCAGAUGCAGGAGUUCAUGCAGGGCCAGAGCCCGGAGAAGCCAGAGGCCCAGGCCCGGGGACGCAGCAGUGGACGAGAGAAGAUCCCGGAGUCCACGAAGGUCAAGAAGACGCCGCGGAAGGCUGCGGUGGAAACCGAGAAGAAGAAAUGGCGCCGCAAUCCCAGAUGGAUCAUGUGGAUGCAAGGGAACCACAUCGCGGCACUAUGGGGAACACUGGGGGCGGCGGCUGGCGACUAUGUGACGGCGAAUGACGACCACGAGCUCUUCCACUCUGAGUUGAAGGACACUCUUGAGGUCUCCGAUGGUGACUUCUCGGCGGAGGGUGACGGCACGGGCAGGGCACCGGUGAAGCACACCUUGAACCGCCGCCAGAGACGCUCCAUCGAACAAGGUGUCCAGAGGGCCAUUCGUGCACACAACAAAUUGUAUGAUGUCCUCGAUGCCAAGUCUGCGGAAGUCGGCCGCUGGACUCUGUUGGAGGUAUUUGCCGGUAAGGCCAGGUUGUCAACACGGGCCCGCCAGCGGAAUGCUUGUUGGGAUGUCCUACCCCCUCAAGAUAUUCUAUCCGGCGGUCUGGACCUUUUGGACGCCGAGCACAUCGAGCUUCUCAAGGAUGUGAUUCGCGCUCAAGAGCCAGAUGUGAUCACGCUGGCCCCUCCUUCUAAUCCUUGGUCGGCCUGGCAGCGACUUCGCAAGCGGAAGGCGGCCCUUCGUGAACUCCGUCGCCAACACCUACCCUUUUGGAACUUGGUGGCAUGGUGUUGGCAAGUUCAGAAUGCCACGGGGGGCUUGGUGGUUCUUGAGCAGCCUGCCGCUUCUGAAGCUUUGAGGCUGCCAAUGAUGACACAGCGCCAGAAUGUUCAUCAACGAGUGGUGCACAUGUGCAGGAUGGGCAUGAAGGACCGCAUUUCACACAUGCCGCACAAAAAGCCCACUGCUGUGCAGUUGAACCACGAGGCCAUCAACACGCCAAUGUUCCCGGAGAUGACUUGUGACUGUGCUCCUGGCCAACAUCAGCCAAUCGAGGGUUCAGUGCGCUUGUGGAACCCGGUGGAAGGCAAGUACCAGCAGAUCAAGCGGUCCACGCUGGCGGCUGAAUGGCCUGAAGGUUUUUGUGACUGGCUUCUCAACGGCUUGGAGGCCUUGCGAGAAGAGAGUGCCGAGGUCACCCUGGAAGUUCAUCAACACACACCGUCGUCGCGUAUUUGGGAGGCUGUACCUGUGGAGGUGGAGGCUACACCUGAAGGACAGUUGAGGCAGCAGAUGAACAUUCUAGAUGGUCAUCACCGGUACGACUACAUCUCGUUCCUGGGCGUCUCCGCCAAUUUGACCAAGAAGAUCAAGAACCUGCAAACACGGGUGGCUGGAUAUUCGCCCAUGCAGCUCAUCUUCGGCAAGGAAGUCAGCGUGCCGGGGAACCUCAUGGAGGCCAUAGCAGGGCAGUUCCACUUCAAGGUGUCGUUGGCCACUGGGGAUGAGAUUGAGGCCACCAAGGUGACAAAGGAAGCCCUACAACAGUUGGCUGACCAGCUGAAGCAAGGUCGAGUGAAUGCCGAGCUGAUCCCAACUCAUGAGGAAGUUGAAGCACGAGAAGGCGGAGAACAAGUUCGUGAUGCACCACCUUCGCGUGCUUCUGCGCCCGAUCCUCGUUACCCGGCCAUGACUUUGAGUGAUGAUGAACAAGAGCCGUCGGAUGACGAUGUCGGGCCGGAAGAGCUGAAGAAGGCUACCUCCGUGUUGGACGACCUGCCGAUGUCAGUGGCAGCCAAAAUCAGGAAGAAGGGAGAUUUGGAGGAGCGUCGCUCGACUAAGCGGAGAAUGUCCCCGACAGAACUGGAGGAGUCUUCGAUUCGGGCGACGGUGGCGUCAUCAUCAGCAGUGGAUCCCGCCAUGCAGACAGUCCGACAGAAGCGGGACUUCUAUGAGACUGCCUUCCGCACUACGCAGGAGCACCUCAAAAAGAUGAAGACCAAGUUGGAAAAGAAGAGCGCCCUGAUGAUGGAGCCGGUGGUCCCAGCUGCAGUUGCGGACAGGUCCGAGGCAUGUGAGAAUGGAGAGUCAGAGGAGGCUACGGGCAGUGAACCCGUCUACAGCCCAUACACAUCGGAGGAUUCCAACCAGACGAUGGCAUCGAUCAGCUCGCCCUUCAUUGAGGUGGACAUGUUUGAAGAGCCCUGGCAGCGUGAGGGUGAGGUGACCGACUACUCCGCCAAGAUGCCUGAACACGAAGUUCAUGUGACUGAUAUGGCAUCAGAAUGUCAGCCUUUGGACUACGACCAUGAUGUCCACCCGGCUGGCUGGCGAGCGGACGGCUUCCGCAGAGCCGAGGUCUUGGAAGCAUAUCGAAAGGGCCAGUUGAACACUGGACAGACACGUAUGGCGGGUGCACUUGACUCCCAGGCGGAGGAUGUUUGGGGGAUCACCCGCUUUGUGACGUUGGAUCCUGCCACGGACUACCCGGUUCUGGCGACCUGGAUGCAGGGUAGACAAGCGGUUGAGGAACUGUGGAGGACGGCAGCUCGGGCUAACCAGGCCUACAAGUCGGUGAUCAAGGAGGUGAAUGUCACAGAGUUAGGCCAGGGCAUGCCCUUGGAGAGCGAGCAACACGCCCAAAUGAUGAUGAAUGCGCUGGGCUACUUUGAGGCCUUCGCCACUGCUACGGCCUUGCCUCCGCCGGCUCCUCCGAGCCCGCAGGGAGGUUUGCUCGAGUUGGUGGAGCUGGACAGUAACGCUCUGCAGGAUGUUGACAAGCCGGAGACUGGCAAGGUGCGACUUGAGCUGCAGUGGAACCAGUUGUCGCCAGCCUGGCAGGCAGCAUUUGAACAGCCGAUCAUUGCUGCCCUGCACAUUUAUUUUGAGCACGAUGCCCUGGAGCCCGUCAUGCCGGAGGACUCAGUCCAUGAUUCGGAGAUUCUGCCGAGCAGGUUCGUGCUUGUCAACAAGAGCGAUCCAAAGAAUACUCACCCGGCGGACGCCGAUCUGGAAGAGGCCAAGCUCAAAGCUCGCCUGGUCAUUGCUGGCCAUCGGGAUCAGCGUGCGGGUGACUAUGCCACUGAAGCGCCCACUGCCACUCUCCUGGCACACAAUUUCAUCUGCUUUGUGGCCGCCCAGUACCAGUGGAAAAUGUACUUUGCUGACAUUUCCGCAGCAUUCCUCCAGGGCGAUUAUCUCCCAGAGGGGCGGCGAGUGUUUUUGAAAUCGCCCACCAACUACCCGCUCUUCGUCCGCCAGUUCAUCUGCAGCCCAGUGGCAGAGAAGGAGCUGUGGCCCAAGUUGAAGGGAUUGUUCACGUUUGGUGAUUGGGUGCACCCCGAGGAGUUCACCAAGUUUUGUGGUAGAUGGGAGCGACAGCUGCCUGAUGGGACGGUGGAGGUGCAGAUGAACGAGUGCGCCAAGAAGGUGAAGGAACCUCCCUCGAGAUCAGCUUUUCGGGCGAUGGCUCCGCUGAUGCCGAAUGAGAAGUCAUGGAUUGGUGCCAUCAUCGGACAGUUGAACUGGUUGGCACGUCAGGCCCGAGCUGAUCUGCUGUACGGCUGUUCGAGGAUCCAGCAACUUGCGGGCACCAAUGACCCGGCGGCUUUGCAGGAGCUCAAGGUGCUGGUGGAGCGAGCCAGGGAGCCUCACACCCAGGUGUUCAAGAAGCUUGGCUGUGGUGUGGACAAGAUGAUUGUCCUUGGCGUUUCUGACGCCUCGUUUGCUGGCAUGCCCCGAGGCCGAUCGCAAGGAGGAUCAGUGCUGAUGUUGGCAAACCCUCUGGUGCUGGAAGGAGCAGCACCGGUUUGCGUGAUCGCAUGCCAUUCAGGAGUCCUCAAGAGGGUGGUCCGAUCUUCACUUGCGGCCGAGAUCUCCCAGGCCGCAACGACCAUGGAGGAGGCGGACUACCUGAGGGCUUUCAUGGCGGAGGCCUUGGAUGGAGCGUUUACGCUCCGCGGCUGGCUUGCAGCUGUGGCCAAAUGGCGGCAGAUGUCAGUGCUGGACUCGCGCACUGGCUAUGACCUCCUCAAUGGGUCAGCAUUGGGAGAGGACAAGCGCCUUGCCAUUGACGUGGCGGCGAUGCGCCAAGCACUCCAAGAAGAUGGAGCCUCACGGUUGGUCAGAUGGGUGCCUGGUGAAGAGAUCAUUGCGGAUGACCUCACCAAGCUUGCUGGAAAUGGCCGACUGAUGAGGGUGAUGUCCUUGGGCAGUUGGGCCUUAAAGGACACGGAGUCCGCGAAGAAACUUCGCGCUGAUGCUGCCGCUCGUAAACGAGCUUUUAGGUUCUCUGGCCUUGUUGAUCGCUUGAAGCAGGCUGAGGCGAAAGAGGCACAAGAGAAAGAGAACUGUGCCGUCCUGGAGGACACUCGUAAAGUGGAAUCAACGGUGACGGAGGCAGGUCGCAGCGAACAUGCCAAGGCCGUGGAGGCACAGGGCCGUUUGCGGCGGCAGCAGAUGUCCGGGAAGCCCGGCUGA